AUGGAUUCGGAUUGGGAACCUGUAGCUCUCACGCCUCAGAAGCAAGACAGUGCGUGGAAGCACUGCAAGGUUUACAAAUAUGGGGAUCGAGUUCAGAUGAAAUGUCUCUACUGUGAAAAGCUCUUCAGAGGAGGCGGUAUCACCAGAGUCAAGGAGCAUCUCGCCGGAAAGAAGGGGCAAGGCACGAUCUGUGACCAAGUCCCCGAUGAGGUUCGUCUCUUUUUGCAGCAGUGUAUCGACGGCACCGUGAGACGCCAGAGAAAGAGGCGAAAAUCGAGCCCCGAGCCUCUCCCUAUAGCUUACUUCCCUCCUUGUGAAGUAGAUACCGAGGUCGUUGUUCCUUCUGAUGCGAACAACGGAGAAUUCAAAUCUCCGAGCUCGGCGGAUUUAGCGGCUGGUCAACAAAGCACGGGGAGAACGAAGCAGAGGACUUACAGGAGUAGAAAGAAUAGUAAUGCCUUUGAGAGGAGUGAUUUGGCCGAUGUUGAGGUCGGUGGUGUGAACGAUAUCAGUGAUUUGAUUGGUAGCGACAUGGACAAUUUGAUCCCGGUGGCUAUUAGCAGCGUGAAGAACAUUGUGCAUCCGUCGUCGAAAGAGAGGGAGAGAACAGUUCAUAUGGCCACCGGAAGGUUCUUGUUCGAUAUCCGAGCUGAUCUUGAUGCUGUGAGCUCUGUUAAUUUCCAGCCGUUUAUCGACGCGAUUGUCUCUGGAGGAUUCGGUGUUUCUCCGCCUGCGAAUGAAGACCUCAGAGGCUGGAUUCUGAAGAGCUGCGUCGAGGAGACGAAGAAAGAGAUCGACGAAUUUGAUUGCAUAGAGAAGCUUGUCCCUGAAGACAACACUCAAGAUAUGAUCGUUAAGGACAUAAACUCAUACAAGAACGCUGUAGGGAUAUUCGGAAGGAACUUAGCAAUCAGAGCUCGGGACACAAUGCUUCCUACUGAAUGGUGGUCUACAUAUGGAGAAAGCUGCUUGAACCUGUCACGUUUUGCGAUACGGAUUCUGAGUCAGACGUAUAGCUCAAUGAUUGGCUCCGGGAGAAACUUUACACCGUGCGAGCAAGUGUUUGAAUCGAAGAACUCCAUUGAGAGGCAACGGCUCAGCGAUCUUGUGUUUGUUCAGUACAACAUGCGUCUGAAACGAAUGGGCGUUGAAGGCGGAGAUGAGAAUGUAGACCCGUUGUCACACAGCAACAUGGAACUUCUUGAAGAUUGGAUUUCAAGAAACCAAGUCUGUAUAGAAGGUAAUGGAAGCUCAGACUGGAAGUCACUGGAGCCCAUUAAGAGGACAGAAGAAGUAGCUGUUGUCGACGAAACAGAAGACUUGGGAUCAGGUUUUGAUGAUGCUGAGAUAUUCAAGGGAGAAAAGGAAGUGAGUGAGGAAGGUUAUUACACAAACAUGUCAGAGAAGCUCUUCACGUGA